UCCAUGUAAAGUGUGGGUGUGUUUUACGUGACAGGGGCGGGGUUACAGUGGUGACUGUGUCAGUGCGGCACUCAGUUGUUGUUUGUAUCCGCUGAGAUCACACUCUUCCUGGGCCUGUGACCUGAGCCUCGUCCCGCCGCCGCCGCAGUUUCCCGGUGCUUCUAGUCUCUGUGCUCCGAACCCGCCGGGUCAAUGAGCCGUUCGCUCCGCUCAGCGCCGGGCCCGGGCCGAUGGACACCAGCGAGCUGUUUAGUAGCUGCAGGAAGGGCGACAUCUUCAGAGUGCAAUACCUUGUGGAGCAGAGAGACGUGGAACUGAACGUGAGGGACAAGUGGGACAGUACUCCCCUGUACUAUGCCUGUCUUUGUGGACAUGAAGAACUUGUCCGGUACCUUUUAGCCAAUGGAGCUAAGUGUGAGGUAAACACAUUUGAUGGCGAGCGCUGCCUGUAUGGAGCCCUGAGUGAUACCAUUCGCCGGCUGCUAAAAGAUUACAAGCAGAUCACAGCUAAGUGCAUGCAGAGAGAUUACUAUGAUGACUUCCUGCAAAGACUCCUGGAGCAAGGAACUUAUAGUGACACCAUGUUUCUCGUCCAUGGGGAGUCUUUCUGUGCACACCGCUGCAUCCUCAGUGCUCGCAGCCCCUACUUUGCUGAAAUGUUUGAGUCCAAGUGGAAGGGGAAAAAAAUGAUUGCUCUGAAGCAUCCGCUGAUAAAUCCAGCAGCCUUUGGCUCCAUUCUCCAGUACCUAUAUACAGGUCGAAUGGACAUCAACGUGGAACACGUUGAAGAUUGUAAGAGACUGGCUAAGCAAUGCCAACUACAGGAUUUUAUUGAAGAGCUGGAGGAGAAGUGCAAAAAAGUCUAUGAAUUUGUUUCUUCCAAGCCUGGAACAUGUGUGAAAGUCCUGACUAUAGAGCCCUCGGUGAAAGGAAGGUUGCAGGAGGACCUGGCUAUGCUAGCUGACUGUGCCCUGCCAUCUGAGCUCCGGGUUGGACUCUGGGAACUGCCUUUUAACAGCACUGGCAACUUUUCCAGUUACCCUGAUGUCUGUUUCCAGAUAACAGGCUAUAGAUUUCUCUGUCACAAGUCGUUCUUCUGUGGCCGAAGUGACUACUUUAAAGCUCUGCUACAGGAUCACUUCUGUGAGAGUCAGGAGCUGCAGACACAGCCCAGCAUCCCAGUCAUCACACUGCAUAACAUCAGCGAGGAGACGUUUACCCAGGUCCUCUACUACAUAUACAGUGAUGACACCGAGCUGUCCCCAGAGAAUGCUUACGAGGUGCUUUGUGUAGCAGACAUGUAUCUGCUCCCGGGGCUGAAGCGACUUUGUGGCAAGAUCUUGGCGCAGAUUAUGGAUGAGGACAAUGUGAUCGCAAUUUGGAAGACUGCAAAGCUUUUUCAGCUGACACGGCUAGAGGAUCAGUCCACGGAGUAUAUGGCCAGAAUUAUUGAGAAGCUGGUGGAUUCGGAUGAGUUUGCUUCGGCGGUACGAGAAGAUGCUUCAGCUGUAGAAGAGCGCCAGGACACAGACUCUAUUCCGCUGAUAGAUGAUAUACGCUUCCACAUCACUAGCAACGUACAAACCUAUAGUGCUAUAGAAGAAGCGAACCAACGACUGGAGGCUUUAGAGAAGCUGCUGGCCAGUCUGGGGCUGGAAUGCUGAGCAUGUGAAAAAUUUUUUUACUUUGUUCUUAUCUAGACUGCUGACAGGUCAUGGUGUACUGUGUGUUUUCAGGCUCUGCUCCUCUGCUGUAUUCAUGUUUUUGUUGCCUUUUCCUUUCUAAUCAUUAAAUCUGGUGAGACGGCUGCAGUGGACUGAAGGAUCUCACUGGGAUCCAUCCCAUACAUACACACACACACAGCCUGGAUUAAUGUAGGGCACAAAUUGGUAAUGUAACUGUAUACUACAUAUCUGAGGCUGGUGGGGAUACCUGCCUAGACAAACCAUUGUGUGACAAACAUCUAAUGUAUGCAAAUACAGGUAGAGCUCUA